ACGUCGGGACGCUGGAGAACGUACGCGCGCGAUUGCAGGGUACGAGGGGUGGUGUAGACUCGAAUCACGAUGAUGUGUACGUGUAUGUGUGUCUGAUAUACGGGGUGUCGUAAAAAAUUCAGACUGUGAUAGUAUUAUUCUCUAACGACUUUUUAGUUCUUAAUUAAAAUUUCACAGGAGAUUUCGUUAUUCUUCUUCACGGUUUAUCAAAUAUCAAUCGAGUCGUUAUAAAAGAGACUCUGACCUUCUUUAAAAUUCUCUUUGAGACUUCUAAAAUAUUAAACAAUUCGGACUUUAUCUUUCAAACGAAAAAUCCAUUUCGAUAUCGUCUCGCCGCUAUCUCUCGAGUUCUAUCGGCCACCCUGUAGCUGGAGCGGAAGAAGGGUGCGCCCUACUUCGCGUCGGCGUUUUCCCUCCCGAGCGGCCCAGGAUGCAAGGGGCCGAAGGGGGUGUUGAAGGGGGUGCGAGGGUAGGAACGCAGCGGGGAUGUUAGCAGGGUACGGACGUACGAACGGACGGACGGACGGACGGACGGAGAGAGACGGAGAGAGGAUGACGCGAGAUGAAGAUACGAGGAGAGGAAAGCCGCGCGAGAGGGUGUCUCUCUGUUUCGCUGCCGGGGGUUUCGCAGUCUAGCACUUCAACAACGACGACGCCGAACGUCGCUGGCGUCGCCGUCGCUGUUUUUUCCCUCAAGCAAGGGAACGCGCGCGCGCGCGCGCGCGUCAACGAUAGAUAGAAACGUAAAGAAAGAGAGAGAUAGAGGGAGAGAGACGUUGACAGAUACAUAGAGUGGGUGAAAGGGAGAGAAAGAGAGAGAGGGAGAGAGAGAGAGAGAGAGAGAGACAGAGAACAAGGGGUAUCGGGGAGACGCUUGCGAACCCUCGUACGUUGGCCCCCGCGCAACGAGAGCAACGUUACGCUCGGCUAGCACGACGGGGCACCUCGUGAGAAUUCGGGUAUCAGGGGUGCUUCUAUAGUAGCGGCGGUGGUCGGUGAUGUGAGUGGUGGUGGCCUGGUGGUAGCGGUGGUGGUGCCGUCACUGGUGGUAGUAGUGGUGCGGUUACAGUCGAUACGGCGUGGCGGAGGCGUCGAGGAGCUUCUCGUCGAGGAUGACGACGCGAGUCGUGAUGCACGUUGAUGGACGCAGAUUUACGUAAGAACUACGACGACGAGGAGAAUCUGUCCGCCUGCUCCUCCGCACCUAGUGGUGACGUCGUAUGUGCUGGUCGCGUGUGCGCACGUGUGACGCCGCCAAUGGAUACUCGACGAAGUGGCUGAUCGAAAAUCCGAGGGGACGUCCUCGGUGGUUUGGGCUCGUCGGACGGAGUGCGCGCUGCUCGAGGAGCGAGGAGCGCGAAGGAACGUAGCGGAACGACGAAAAGUGCUGAGGAAGGACUCGCGCGAAUGGACGAGACGGGUCCGUUCAUUUUCGAUUCCCCUCGGUGCGCAGCGAGGAUUCCAGAAAGCGGGCGGCUCCGUAUAAAUUUCGAGGUGUGUGAAAGGAGCAACAGUCAAUAAAAGGAGAAUCGUAAGUAGGAGAACGUUAGGGAGGCAGGUGCGAAGAGGAAAGAAAAAAAGAGAGAAAGGAAGAGGUAUAAGUGCGAGAAGACGAGAAGAGGAGAAGGAUGGGCGUAAGAUCGGUCCCGAGAGGCUUCCCCGCGCGGAAGACGCUUCUCGAUCGUCGUUGAAACGACGUACGCGAAUCCCGAGUGUCGUCGGGAAAGCGUCGCGGCGGCACAGAGAGAGAGAAAGAGAGAAAAAGAGGAGGAGGAGGAAGAAGAGCCGCGAGUCGAAUCGAGCGAAACGCCGAAAGUUCGCUACGACGACGACGACGACGACGACGACGACGACGACGACGACGACAAUAACGAUCCAUCAUGGGGGUCUCGGUGUUCCUGCUGUACGCGGUGACGGUGCUCGGCGUGGCAGCCAGCGACAAUUGCGCCGACAAGUGUUCAUGCAAGUGGAAAAGCGGGAAGCGUACGGUGGAGUGCGUGAAUCGCGACCUGACCAGCAUACCGGAUUGGAUCGAUCAGGAGACCCAGGUGCUGGACAUGAGCGGUAACAACAUCGGUCACCUGCCCAACAACAUAUUUAUACACGUGCGGCUAACGAAUCUGCAGCGUCUCUACCUGCGCGAGUGCCGUAUCGACCGGAUCGACGGCAAGGCACUGGCCGGCCUGACGAAUCUCGUCGAGCUCGAUCUCAGCAACAAUCUGCUGGCCGCGGUGCCGAGCUCGAGCUUCGCCGACACGCCGUUCUUGCGCGACCUGGUGCUCGCGUACAACCCGCUCAAACGUAUUCGCGCGCACACGUUUAAGAACACGCUGAACCUGGUCAAGCUCGAUCUGUCGCACACGCAGCUAGGCGAAAUCGAGGCCAAGGGCUUCCGCGGACUGGAGAUGCUCGAGAGCCUCAAAUUGAGCAACAACGUGCUGUCUACUCUGCACUCGGGCACCUUCGAUCCGCUCAGCAAGCUCACCAGCAUCGAGCUGCACGAUAAUCCGUGGAUCUGCGAUUGUCACCUGCGCGAGAUGAAGAUGUGGCUGGUGAAGCACAAUCUGCCGACUAUCGUGGCGCCCGUGUGUCACGGGCCCCAGCAGUUACUCAAUCGUGCCUUCACCGACCUCGAUAUCGACGACUUCGCCUGCCGGCCGGUCCUGAUGAUAGCCAGCCGUUACGCCGAGGCCACCAUCGGCGAGAACGCGAGUAUUGUAUGUCGCGUGAGCGCGAUACCACCCGCCAAAAUCAAGUGGUAUUGGAACGGUAGGCUGUUGGCCAAUCACUCGGCCUUCAGUAGCCACCAGAAGAUCCUCAUCUUCGAGGAGGGCCAAUUCAGGAAGCGGAGCACGCUCGUCCUCACCAACGCGCAGGAGGCGGACUCUAGCGAGUUCUACUGCAUCGCCGAGAACCCCGCUGGCUGCGUCGAGGCCAACUUCACCUUGCACGUGUCCCUCAGGACGGCAGGCAUGUCGACAUUAGGCUCCGGUCAGAUCGCGGGCAUAUCCGCCGCGUUAGUGGUGCUCAUCCUCUUCAUCUUGCUCAUCAUUCUCGUGCUGUUUAUUCGUCUACGUAGAAUGCCGUUGAAGGACGUGAAAUCGUCGGCGCCGAUGGAAGCGGCGUCCAGCGAUGGCAUUGGCAACGGUAGCAGCGGCGGCGGUGGCGUCGGUAGCGGUGGCGGCGGUGGCGGCGGCGGUAGCGGCGGUGGUGACAACAACCCGCCAUCCGCGACCUCGACCACUCGCAGAAAACACGAGGAGAUUGAGACGACGUCGUUCGCGCUGGAGUCGAAACCGCCCGCGUCGCUGCAUCUGAGCUACGUGCAGAGACCGCACGCGGCCGUGGUGCAAGCGAGCGAGUAUAGCACGAUCAGCCGUUACGACGACCCGAGUCAGCCCGCGGUAGCGGCGAUGCCGGGCGCCGGGUGUUUCUCGUCGACGACAUCCCUGAUGCCGAUCGAUAACCCGGAUCUCAUCAGGGACACCCGGCGCGGCUCUACCGAGGACAUCACACCUUACGGCGUCGCCGAUUACGGCCGCGUCGAAGCGCUGGACGACGCCGGCAAGAUGCUGUACACCAGCUGCCUGUGGGAGGCGAGGGACAGCUGCGGCAGAACGUCCGCCGUCACGACGAACGUGUACCCGUCGUCGAAGGAGCAGCUCGCGAUGGUCGCACCGGUCGUCGAGCAGUUCCCGCCUGGCGCGAAGCAGAUGAGAGUCUGGCAGAAGGGCGUCCCAGUGCUGCCGCCGGUUUCGGCGCUAAAGCGCGUCCUGGGCUCCACGCGCAGCUCGCCCGACGAGGGUUACCAGGAGGGCACCGGUACCGACGUCUAGGUACCGCUACUUCAUUACUGCGACGCCCGGCACCGUUAUCUGGAGCUGCGUAGGCGGCACCAGGAGGACGACACCGACUGCUAAGAGAGGAACGAGGAAGAAGAAACCAAAAAAAAAAAAAAAAAAGUUGUCCUCGCGAGUGCCGGACGAGCGGUAGUGAACAGGCGUAAAAGAAAUGUGUCGGACGAACAUCUCGUGUUUUAAGUGUGAUCGCGUCAGUGCGAUGAUGACGCGCCAUUAUGUUGUUGUACUACUGGGGACUACUCUCUUCCCCGCUACGGAUGAAAGCGCUACGCUCACGAUCGCGUUUUGUUACAAGUACAGUGUUCAAAGACACGGCAUUAUACAGUUUACACAUCCAACUAGGUAUCAUUCAUGUGUCACCGAGUGCGAUAGCACCCUGCAUUCGGAAAGGUAUGGUACAAUCGCACGGAAUAUAGACAAGGCGCGAGCAGCUCACCCCCUCCUCUGCCCACCCCCUCAAGACUGCCAUAACUUAAAGUACGCGAAUCGAAUCGCUAGGCGUAUGCAGAAAGCUUUUGAGAGGUCGACGAACGCGUGGAUCGUUACUGCGAGAGACUGACAACAUCGUGACCACCGAGGAUCGUCUACACGUCGCGCGUAAACGUUUCGCUCGAUGAGCGAAUCAACUGGCUUGCGUGGUCGACCGAUGGUGAGGAUCAUCGCGAUUAAUAUAAUCUACUCGAGCCGCGCGCGACACGGCAAAAACGAUGAUAUUAGGCUUUUUCAAAGAACCACCCCGUGCCCCCGUGCUGGUGCGACUUUCUUCGAGGCGCAGUUCAAUGACACACAGUUAGAGAUAUCUUGUGCGUGGUGAGUGUGUGAUGCAACCAGUUGGCAGACGUUCGGUUCUGUUUGCACGUGUGUCACGAGGGUUUGCCUCCAGUGUUCGAUAUAUCAGCGAAUGUUAACUUGUGUAGGAUGUUUCGAAAAAAAUGGUCAACGUUUGAAGGAUGGCGAUGUCCGUCGUUGCGAGUGUAUCCCUGAAUAAUGUUACUCUCGCGGAAAUUUUGUAUUUAAAAAUACAUAUACGUCGUAAUUGAUAAUAAGAUUUUACGAUUAGAACUUUCGAAUGCGUGCCGAAAUUAUGCGUAUCUUCAAGUUCGCAAAAUCUCGUGAUAAUCGCAAUUACAAACUCGAGGAGAGUCCAAAUUUUGAAUACAUAUUCAUUAAGAUUUUAUCUUGUGCUCGCAACGAUCGACAUUAUUAUCUUUCAAAAUAUUGGCCUUUCCUCCGGAAACAUUCUGUGUAACGCAGGUGUGUAACCACGAUGUCAGAAUGAAAGAUCAGUCGAUCGCAUCAACCGCAAGGCGACGUCUAGCGCACACGGAGUGCAUACAGGAAGUGCAUACACACACGACGUGCACCAAGUCAGGGACGAGGCAGUGAUGACGAUACGCUAUGCCGGCCACAUCAUUGUCCGGGCGGCGGUCGUGCAGCACAAUAUCGACGGGUAAUACAUUUGUAUAACGGCUAAACCAAAGUUAGGUUUGGGUCAGCCGAGAGGCUGAGAUCUCCCGGGGUUUAAAAAAAAAGGCGUUAGGUGGUUCCCCUUAAGACGACAAACGGCGAGCACGAAAAAACUGGCAGUGCACGUUUUUCCGAUGACGGGGAUGACGCGCGUAGAGUUGCUUAGGAAGCGAGAAACGACGCUUAUUAAAAGCUACGCGGUAUCUCUCGCAAAUUUUUUCUAGUCAAUUCGGUGAAGGAGAGAAAGAAAAAAAGGAAGGAAGAAACAACAAAAAAAGGAGAAAUGAGAACGGAUUUACGACGGAAUUAUUUAUUCGGCGGGACGGAAAACUCGCGCUGGCGGCAAAAUGGCGCGUUCUCAAUUAGUAGAAUACGCGAGGUAGCCUCGUUGAGUCAACAUCGGGUUAUUCCCUCGAAGCUUCGGUCGACAAACUCUCAUGAUUACGGACCGACGAGCCUAUAUUGUUGCUUCGAGUGGCCGGUCCGAGUGGCUCUCGUGUCCGAGACGAAGCCUCGCGAGAAGGACGAUCGAACGAGGGAUAUGGCGGCCGGAUGCUGGCUCUGGAUCCAUACCCACGACCGCGCGUUCCAUGAUUCGAUCGCAAUCGCGGCCUCUUGGCCGCGGAUAGUACCAAUUUUUCUCGAGUAUCCUAUAUUAAAUUCGCCACGCUUUUAACCGAUACAAAUUUAUCUCUCAAUUUCCGAUUUCGUUUCCACGAAUACGGCCUGAUUGAAUUCCUUAUUUUAUUUAAUAUUAAAUUUAGCAGAUUAAUUGCCGAUAUCGUAAUAACAAUUUUGCUGUUUAUUUUAAUAUUUAUCAACGUUAAAGGUAUGUAUAUCAUAUUAAAUUCAUACAGUAAAAACAGUUACACAUACAAACGGUGUCAAUCAAUAAUAUUGAUGACGUCUGAUAUUAAAGCUUAAGGCUUCUUCAACAUUAAUUGAAUGCCAUUCGCGAGCACGUGUGUUGUGAAUCCAGAGUACAAUGCAGAUCUCGAUCAUUGUCUUUUUCUAUAUACAACGAGAGCCACUGGAAUCAAUUACAUAAGACUGUGUGAUAAGUCCUUAAAUCAAUCGCCAGCGAAUGUAUACAGUAUACUAUUGCUCAAUCACUAAAGCUGGAUUUUGCGAUUGAUUGGCUGGCUUACGCUUGGCGUUGGCGUCUUACGUAAGCGAGACUCUGUCGACCCACGCAUUCGACCGUACUGUCAAGUCGGAUUACUGUGCUUCUACAGAGGUAAUUUUCUAUCAUGCGUUGAAUAAUCAGUUCAGAGAAAAACUACCGAAUGUGCAUGUAUGUGUGUGUGUGUGUGUGUGUGUGUGUGUGUGUGUGUGUGUGUGUUCGACAAAAUUACCAGCAAGUAACGUGCCUCCGAACAUAAGCUUAUGCUCAUAAAAUACGUUAUAAAAUCCUUGCAGCAAUAGAAACUUAUACUCUCGUAAUCAAUUCAAUUGAAAGAUGCAAUACAUUAUUGCAUCUUGCAAUUGAAAAAUUGAUUUUUAUGAACUAUUCCUUUUUUGUAAAAGUAUGUUAAUUUUCACAGCUUAUUACGCAACAUGUGCUUUCAAAUUAUCUCUUUUUUCCGGGGAAAAAUAAGAAAGUAAUUACUUCCGUUAAUUUAUCUGCGAUGAAAGAAGCUUACGUUCUUGCGGCAAACGAUUAUUUAAUCAAACGAGCCAUUUCCUCAAGCACCCAUUUGUCCCGGAGAUAUUUUUUUACCCCUGCAAGAGAGCAAACUAAUCCGAUCUGACGAUAAGGCAAAACGCCAGUCGCGAGUUUUCGUUCGAUCGUCAUCUAAAGUGUGUCGACGUGCGUUCAUUUUGUAUGCCGUAUAUAAGCCGUGUACCCGCGUAUGCGUGCGUUCAUACGCAUAUGUGUGUGUGUGUGUGUGUGUGUGUGUGUGUGUGUGUGUGUGUGUGUGUGUGUGUGUGUGUGUGUGUGUGUGUGUGUGUGUGUGUGUGGACGUGCGUGUGUGCUAGUGUUUUGCGCGUACGCGUUUUCCAUUUCGUAAAAAAAAAAAAAAAAGCACGCGGCCGAGAUAGCAUGUGCGCGCGCGAUUUUGUAUUUUGCGUUUAUCACUGAUUAUUCCAUAGCGUAUCGCGCGGAACAACCGAUUUUUCUCUGCUCAAUGAUCUUGAAGCCGACAUAGCGGGGAAAAAAAAACAGCGCCCCGGAAAUAACGCCCGCGGCCACUCCGGACGGACGAUAUGUCGCGUGCGCACGUACACACACAGGACUGAACACACUCGGACUUCUAUAUUAGUUCUUAUAUAUAGAGAAAAGGGGACGAGUAGGAGAUACAUACGCGUGACGUGCAAGCAAAUAACGUGGACUACGUGAACCUUAGCGUACGAUUGUACUGAAUAUUUUAAAAGCCAAGCUGCAGGGAUUACGGAAACUUCCCUAUAUCCGUGGGCAAUUUCUAUUUUCCGUUGCUUGUAAUUAAAAGUCGUGGUAAUUAACCGGUCUUAAGUGACGUGAAAAAAAAAAAAGUUCAUAGGGCACACGUAAAGCGUAGGACGACAGUUGCGUUGCUUUGAAACGACCCCUGUUAUACAAUUCUUCCCACACAGAUGUGAGGUGACGUGUGAUACGCGUACGUGUGAAAGAAAACGAGAUGAUUUCCGCUAGCGGAAUCCAUUUUUAGAAUUUCGACGUAACUAUCGGAGUCUCGUUCUCUUUCUCUUCGCUAAUUUGUUUGUCCGCGAGUUUAAUUGCUAUCUUAUCCGAGCGAACGAAUUACGAAUAAUCGGUUUUCGUUUCCUCCUUUUUUAUAUUUUCCCUCGGAAACUUUCGUUUCGUAACAAUUUCGAUUUGAGGAAAAUGCGCCGGUUACCCAAUCCCACCUACCAUUCGUAGCCAAUCCGCUCGUUAAUCUAUACGCGAACUGAAAAUUCGUCCUCGAAAAAAUUUCGUUUCAAACUUUUCUACGGGCAGCAGUUUCGCUUAUAUAUGUAUAUGCUCAAAAAAAAUCAUACGGUAUACAGGCUCGCGAAUUUUUUCGUUUUGCGAAAGUUGUUGCGCGUUUAUCUCCAAACUCAGAAUCGCUCAUCAGUUUGAAUAGCGUGACUCUUACGUUUCGUAAAAUUACAGUGAAACGCGGAUCAACGAAAAUGUCACGUUCUUCUUUCCAAUUCUUAUCUAUUAGUUUAAAAUGUGCUCUCGGGCAUUCUCGCGUUUACUGGCAUGUCGAUCGCUCAAAGUAGCCGAGAGUCAACUGUUGCGUGCAAAGUGAGCCUUUAUAUCUGAUUUCCACGAGUUUUUUUUUUAUAUACCUCUCGAUCGACGUGGCACACAAGCGAGUGCCGCAACGCCACAUAUCGGUUCAACAUACGCAGCACCCUCGUUGUCUAUCUGGCGGCUAUAGGGCACACGUGAGGUCUAGAACCUCGACAAAACUGAAUACUGAACUAACAAGAAUAUAUCGAUCGAUCGGAGAAACGCGAUAUUAAUUGCGAUUUACUGUCAAAAUCAAAGUGCGAAUCUUCGAGGUGCAGUCGAUCGCGCGACGUCCGCACGCUAAUUACAUAACGAAAGUUACGCAAGGUUGUUUAACAAAAAUUUUUAUAAAAUACUUGGAUAUAUAGAGUAAUUUAGCGAGUCAGCUCGCCGGAGAAAAUUACACGUACACAAUACUGCCACGUGGAAAUACUAAUCGUUUAUGAAACUGGAGCACGAUGGAGAUUACGUUAUAAAGAAUUAACAUGUAACGAAAUACGUUAUACGUUCGUGUUUAUACGCUAUCAUGCGGAGGAAUGGCGAAUAUUCCGGAUUCUUUGGUAUUUUUGAUUAGAAAUUCUAUUCCGCGCGAGAAUCACUUUCGACAGUAAGUCCUCGGUGAUCGUAGAACUGUGAGUAAUCCUCAUUGGUUGCUCCCUCGAAAGUUUUGCGCUCUGUCUGAGAAUGACUCAAUAAUAAAACUUAGCAAGUACACUCAGAAUAAUGCUGUUUCGCCUCACUCAUUGACUUUGGCAUUCACUUUCCUGAAUUAUUAAUCUCCGAGUCAGUGCGGAAAAGCUUCUUAUUCUCUCACCUUUGCGAAAUAAUUGCGCAGUUAAUUAUUGAUACGUGGCGUGCGAUAUUGCGCGAAACGAGACUUUCGUCGUACACACGAAAUACCUGUUCUACACAGGCAUCACGAUUUUAUAUUUGUUAAUGAGAAUAACUUACCGAAUAAUUUAUUCAAAUUGUGUUCAACAUUUUCACGUGCCAUUUCGCACACGAUAUCGGACUAACGUUAAAGUUUUAUUAUGACAUUUUCUAUAAUUUAUUAUCGAUUAAUUCAAUACUAUGAUAACAACGGCUUAUAAUAAAUUAAAAUUUAACGCGUUAAUGAAAUAUGAAUAAACAUUAGUUUAUAUAAAGCUAGGUUAACUUUUAAUAUAGAAUUAAGCUUUUAGUCCAAGCUUUGACAACGUAAAACUCGAUUAAAAUUAUUUUAUAAUCGAAAGCUUCAUUUACCUAUCAGUAUCGUUUAAUUCAUAAAGAAGGCAUUUUAAUUUUGAACGUGUGACACAUUUCUUUUUACAACCGACAGGAUGACGCAGCCGUCCUAAUUUUUGUAAUUGUAUCAUGGUAUGUGUGUUUGCAUAUUUUUACGGGAAAACAUAUUUAAAACACUGCCGAGAAAGAAGAAGGGAGGAGGCUACACAAGACGAGCGUAAACAACCCUGUGCACAUAUUUUCUCACUUCUUAAGGUAAUUUCGCUCGCUGGGAGAAGCUCGUUCUUCGCUCCUAGCGUGAAAAUAUGCUUUCGCGACCGCGACUUCAUAAAAUUUACACACACCUCGAAUUUUCGUACUUUCGGAACCGUAUAGACGUAUUAACAUAAUGUUACGCAGCGACGGAUUUAGAAUAUUUUGGUCGCAAGACAAGGUAUUCCGAGCCCUUAAAGAAAAAAAAAAGGAUAUAAAAUAAAUCAGAUGAAUUUUAUAGCUAUAUAUGUGUAUCCUAUAUCAUAAAUAUUUUUAACUAGAGUUUAUAAAAUUGUUAUAAUAUUUUAAUGUUUCUUAUUGAUGUGGCCGAGACGGGUCGUAUAGCUUUAUUAUCCUAGGCCAAAGUUCGCAUCAGUUGUUACGGGUCAUUAUUAUCGGAAUAUAGACACAACAUUCAAUGGUAUUUCCCGUUGUUGUACCGUGACGUAACAAACGAGUACCAUCUGUCUUAACAAUUGGCAGCAAUAAAUCGUAGUAACUACCAAUCGACCGAGAAGUAUUUUAAAUUAAAGCGGUAACAGAACAAGUGCAUGUGUGAAAGUGUGUGUGUGUGUGAGAGAGAGAGAGAGAGAGAGAGAGAGAACGCGAAAGAAAAGAAAUAAAAGACAAAAUGUUAAUUUUGCCGGUUUCGUCAAGUUUUGUACAUAGACAAUAACAUACGGCAAUUUUCAUGGUGGACGAACGAGAUAGUGCAAGAAAACCGAUUGUAAAUUAUUUACGGCACUUGAUAAUAAUGAUAUUAAGCAGAAAUGGACACGAUAGAUAAAAAAAGAAUGAUAUUUACUCGCAGUGACAUACAACCAGGUGUGAGUGACAAGUGUUUUUUACAACCUCGAAGUACGCGCGAUAAAAUUAAUUAUCGUUACACUAUAAUAGCGCGCCACGUUGUUAAUUUUGUAUCCGGUUGAAGUAGAGAGAUUAACUUUUAAUCCGACAUUCUCCCUUUUUUACUUAAUUAAAGAAGAUAUGGACAAACAGAAAUUAAAAGCAAAGGAUACUGAAUUUUAAUAUAAGGACGCAUUAGCCUUUUUUAAGAACGCGUAGAACGGCUUGCGUUUUAAAAAGUGCUUUAAAUCGCAACCGUCUUAAAAUAUUUAAAUCAAUUUUAAACACACACACACGUGACUGCCAGAUAUGUAACCACGGGGUCAAGAGUUUAUUUCGUUCGUGAUACCCGACGUUAUUCUCUUCGAUUAGUUAAAAAAGAGAAUUAUACAGAUAUCCGAAAAUAUGUAAUCUAUUUAUAAAUAUCCAGUUGUUACAUAAAUGACGUUCACACGAAGGUGCGAUGUAUUUUUGGAUGGAAGUAACCGAAUGAAUUUCCGAUACAAGUACUCAGGUAUGAAUAGGGUUGCCAGAGAUUUUUGAGUAAGCGGUAUUACGCCCUAGAUUUCAGGAAGAUAACGAUGUUCUAUUGAAAAUUUAAAAAUUUAAUUUGACUUUUAAAAAAUCAUCUAAUUACAUUUUAAAACGUAAGAAGAAAAGAAAGAUCGGAACUGGUAAUGUAUUGAAAAUAGUAGAGAGAGAGAGAAAGAGAGAGAGAGAGAGUGACAUUUAUGAAAUGAACAAGUCUUGUCUUUACGUAAUCUACGUAGUUCCUGUAAUUUUCGAAGGGAAAAAUCUGGCAAUCCUGAGCACGAGGAAGAGCCCCGAGAUACGCAUCGGCGUAACGUGUCGACCUCGGCCUUAAAUGCUGCACUUUGUACAAUUAGACCGAGUGUUACAAACCGCGUUGCCGCGACUCGUAAACCGGCUAUGUGCUCCGUGUUAACGCUAGUAAUAACAUUAAUGAGUAACUAUUUAACGUCCGCUCGAACGGGCGGCUCGAACACGCGAGUCCUGCGAAAAAUCCUCGCUACAGGUUGUUGGCUCCGUUAAUAACCCGUGCGGUAACACAUCCGUUGUAUAUGCGUCAUCUUUGUUACUGGAAGUAGACAUUCGUACGUGUACGUCACAACCUGAGUUUUCUAUAGCCUCCUCUCUCGAUCAAUUUUGCAUUUUUUAUCGUAGUUUUAAAGCGCUGAGCGCAUAUCUACGCUUCUAUUGCGGACAAUAAAUAUUUCAGUUUUAAAGAUAAUAGGACGUCACGGCGUCUACAGGCUAUUGUUUGAAACAAUAGUAUCGCGUACAUAUGCGCUCCGUCCGAAGAGAUAUCACAUACACUUGUACGAGUACGUACCAUUCGCGACACAUCAGAUGUAAUCUGAAAACCGGAUGACAGGAGGAAACGUAAAUCCCUCGAAAAUCGCGGGGAAAUGAUGGAGUUGCCAACGUGAUUGUUUUACAGAGAGUCUUUAGAUUUGACAAAAAGUAUUAAUCUCUCUUCGAGCUUGGAAUUUUUUAUACCUUCCCCACAUAUCCCCACAUGUUUACAUAUCUACAUGCGUUUACAUAUCUACAUGUUUAACACACUCACAUAUCGUUACAUAUCCUUUACACAUAAGUAGUUUUUCAAGACAUCAUAGCUCGAAGCAAACUUUGUUACUGCGAAUUAAUUCGAAUUAAUCUUAAAUUUUUGUCGUCAAAAGGCGAAACCAAUGCGUCGUUGGCAACUUCGAAAAGUGAGCAGAGAACGUUAUUACGUAUAUAUAUUAUAUAUAUAUAUAUAUAUAUAUAUAUCCUGCGUGCGCGCGUGUACAUGUGUUUUGUGUGUGCGUUGUAUAUGCGUAUGUAGGUAUGUGUGUGCAUUUGCCUGUAGAUCGAGUGCUCGCGUGUAAGUUAUAAAGGAAUCGGACCUAGUUUUACGACCCUUAAGACGUGCCCGCCAAAGAGGGCAACCACUUUUAAAGAUGUUAACGAUGUACAAAUGUGUAAUUUAGUGUCGCAGAAAGAAUCCGUCUAACGGCGCGGUGUAUGACGACGAAUAUGUAAGAAAAAUAAACGAGAAAAAAAGUAUAUAAAAAUAUUUCUUUUAUUUUACGAGAGUAACGAGAGGAAAGGGCGCGCGUACGAUUGCGACCGUUUAGAGAGCAUAGGCGUAUCUAUAUUUCCAAGUUUACGCACUUUUUUGAAGGUAUACAUAAUAGAAGCAGAAUAUACCCGUUCAGGACGGAGACUGUUGGACGAACGAAAGGGAGACGAGAGAAAGAGCGCGCGUGCGAUACGCUGUCAUAAAUCCACAUGUACGAUAAAAUCAUGUGCUAUAAGGACAGUUGUCGAAAUAAAAUUUUUUUCGAUCGAAU